GCUGGCCUCUUUACGGUGUUCUCCAGCUUCAUCUUUACGUCGACGGUGCUGAACUUCCUCGGCUGCGAAGUUUCCGAUCUAAAAGAUGCCUUGUUCCUAUUCCUGCUGUUGAUCGACCUCUCGAAGGCCGGCAUCCUGGCCCAGCUUGCCUUGUGCGGUGCCACACAGAACGAGGUGACGAUGAACAUAGCCCGCGGUAUGGAAGUACUCGGACCUGCCCUUACACUCGACACGCUCGUCGAAACGCUGGUGAUCGGUGUUGGGACACUGUCAGGUGUUCAACGGCUGGAACUCCUCAGCGGAUUCGCCGUACUCUCGGCGGUGGUCAACUACGUCGUGUUCAUGACCUUCUAUCCAGCCUGCCUGUCGCUGAUACUCGAACUAACGCACAGUGGAACCAACCGGGUGCAGAAGUUUGGUGGUGAAAAUCUCAUCCGACGCGUGCUCCUGCAGGAAGACAGCAAACCGAAUCCGGUGGCGCAACGUGUCAAGCUGAUCAUGUCCAGUGGCGGGAAAAUUCUCAUCGGAAUCACCGGUGGCAUCGCAGUAGGCCUAUCCAUCGUGUGCUUUCCCUUCGUGGCGCCGGCCCUACGGAAACAUUGUCUACCGUUCGUUCCUGCCACGCCGAAUCAAAUUAGGAAUGUGCUGUCGUUCGUAAAGCCAUCGGCCAACGGUAGCCGCCUGCUGGAUAUCGGAUCCGGAGAUGGGCGCAUCGUUAUCGCUGCCGCACGUUCCCAACCAGGGCUAAAAUCGGACGGUGUCGAGUUGAAUCCCUGGCUGGUUUACUACUCGCGAUUGGCCGCGCUACGCGGUGGUGUGCUGAACAGGACCAGCUUUUUCCGCAAGGAUCUUUGGAGAUUCAGUCUUACCCCGUACGAUCAUAUUGUGAUAUUUGGUGUAGAGCAGAUGAUGGAGGAAUUGGAAAAGAAAAUACUAUCGGAAAGCGCUCCUGGAGCAACAAUAAUCGCGUGUCGUUUUCCGUUCCCAUCCAUGAAACCUGUCGAACGAAUAGAGGAAGGCGUCGACUCGGUGUGGGUUUAUCGGCCAACGAAACAGCAAGGCGUGAUGUAAUUCGCAUCAAAAAACCAAUGUUGAUCAUACUCCAGUUUAGCAAAUGAAUGCGAGGCGCGUUCUCGUUACUUA